AUGCAAUGUAAUUAAAAAUGUUUUGCUUAACCAGGUUAAACAUUAAUUGACCUUGCUAUUCUCAAUAAUUGCAAUGUUUGGAGAUUGAAAAAAGCAAAUAAAUUAGAUCAUUGUCAUUUGAUUCCCGGUUAGGAAAUUUUAUUGGAAUAUGAUAAUAAGCGUAUAUUAUAACGCGAUUUACUCAAAUCAAUUAACAUUUCAAUUCCUAUUCUUUAUAUGUGGGAUAGGGAGCAUAUAUAGGGAAAUAUAUAAAUUUGCUAUGAUUAUUUGAUUUUCACUGUUAACUCAAAGAAAUUGAGUAAGGAGCAUAAAGGUAAGGAGGAUCAUCUGAAUUUUUCUAUAUAUGUAAAUGAGAUUUUCAAAAUAAUUUUCAAUCCAAUAGCUGAAUUAAUGUAAAUUAUUAUUUGGGGUAUCUGUGGUAACAGAGUGCCUGAAAACUAAAAGAAACUUCUGAUUGAAUUAAAAGCUAUAAAGGGAGAAACAAAAGCAGUGAAAACAUUUGUUAGAGAGUUAUGGUAAAUGAAAGGGAAGAGCAAGAGAAUGAUAACAAUGGAAGCAUUUACCUAUCUAAUACAAUAACUUUAAUUUGAACAUGAUGAGGUUACUGGAGAUUCAUUUAAUGUAAGAGUGAAAAAAGGUGAGAAGAAUUUAGAAUGUCUAAGUAGUGUUUAUAAUUUCAAUUAUGUGGAAAUAAAUGAGAAGACUGGAUCAAUGGAAGUUUGUAAAACUAGAUAGUAAUAAUAAACUAAAGAGAAAGCUCAAGUAAGUUUAAGUGAGGAGAGUAGGAUUGUAUCUAUGAAAUAAGUAUUAGAAAUAGCAGAUGGUAUGCCAUCUUAUUUAUAAACUAAACCAUGGUUUUUAUUAUUUUCAAUAAAUAGACAUGGUAAUAAAAUGUUUAUAUGUAGGUAGUUCUUAUUAAGAAUUUUUGAGAAGAACAGAAUAUGCAGGUCCUCACGUAAUUUUGAUUAAGGAUUCAGGGAAGAAAGUAUUUGGAGGAUUCUUAUUGAGUUCUUGGAGAUUGUCUAAGAAUGAAUUUUUUGGAUAGGGGGAAUCCUUUUUAUUUAUUUGUUUAUAUAAUCAUACAAGGAUAUUCAAGGGAUCAUAAAAAAAUAGAUGUUUUCAAAUGGCUGAUGAGACAGGAUUUAGUAUUGGUGCAGGAGAUAAGUAAGAUAAUUAUAUUUAUAAAUUAGAUAUGGUUUAUUUAUAAAUAGUUCAUUUAGUAAAGGAGAAUCUAAUCCAAGUGAAACUUUUGAUAAUGAGGUAUUAUCAAGUGAAGUAAAUUUCUAAAUACAAGAGUUAGAAGUUUGGGGAUUGGAUGAAGAAGCAGUACAUUAAAUAAAGUUUUAAGAUUAAAAAAGAUCAUUAUUUACAAAAUGA